ACCCUUGAAUGUGGUAACGGAUUGAAAAUUUUUGGACACCAGCUUAAAGACAGCCUGGUUUGCACCAGCAGGGUUUGACAUUACUGUACAAGCGGCAUUACAGCGUGAGGAAAGCUGUAUUUGUGUUUGUCAGCUGUCCAGUGAAUGAGCAGUGACAGAGGACUACAGCAUCAAACAAAGAGACGGAGAAGAAGAAUUCUGGGAUACCUGAAACUGGCACAUAAAGUUUUAAUGUCUAUUAUUUUCCAAGAUGGUGAAAACCUUUCAAGCUUAUUUGCCAAACGAAUGCCACCGAAAGUAUAGCUGUGUUCAUUGCCGGGCUCACCUGGCUAAUCAUGAUGAACUUAUCUCAAAGUCCUUCCAAGGAAGCCAAGGAAGAGCUUAUCUUUUCAACUCGGUGGUAAAUGUUGGAUGUGGCCCGGCAGAAGAGCGAGUUUUACUGACAGGACUACAUGCUGUGGCAGAUAUCUUCUGUGAAUGUUGUAAAACCACCUUAGGAUGGAAAUAUGAACAUGCCUUUGAAUCUAGUCAGAAAUACAAGGAGGGAAAAUUUAUCAUUGAACUUGCACACAUGAUCAAAGAUAAUGGAUGGGCCUGAGUGAAAAAUGGGGCUUUACAGACACACAAACAGACCAGAACCUUUGUUGCUUGCAAAGAUUUUCUUUGGGGAACUCCAAAUAUUGUGACAUGGUGUAUUCCUCAUUUUUGUGAGAGGAGAGAGAGAGAGUCCUGGAUUGAUUGGAAGCUGUGCUGAUAUUGUAAACUAGAGCUUCUCUCCAUGUGUUUAAUGUAGAAAGUAGGAUGGCCUUGUGUUCACAUUCAUCUCAUUCACUUCUCUCAGGAAAAAGCACAUCUUUAUAUGGACCAAUUCAUGAGAUAUUGAAGCAAGGUUGGAAUUCUUCAACAUGGAGUCUCCAGCAUUGCUUUUUACACACUGUCUUUGCUGGAUAGAAGCUUAACUUAGUUUUUGAACAGCUUGUUCAUAUUACUGUACCUUAUGGCAUUCCAUCAUGAUAAAAAUCACAAAUGCUGGUGAAUUAGUUCCAUCUUGUUGAGACCCAUGUUCAUUUAAAUCAUAACUCGAGACUGUGUGUUGCCUGGUAGAAACAAGUGCAUCUUGUGUGUCAUUGAUCUCACAAGUCUUUUUAUAACUCAGGUAAUGAAAACGACAACAAAGAAUUUAAAUAUGAUUUUCCCAAAAUGGUAAAUGACUUUCUUGAGAAACAGAAAUAUGACAAAGAUGGAAAUGUUUGGUUUAAAACAUGAAUUACAUGCCUGUCUCUGCAUUCAUAGUUAUUGAUAUGUUGCAUUUGAAUGUUGCCUCAGUUUGAGAAAGCAAAUUGAUGUUUUUCCAUCAAGAAAUAUUUAAUUUUUACUGAAACGUUCUUGACUUCAGACUUUCUGAACUGUACAUUUUAUGUUUAUGGCCAGGAUUUGCUGUGUUCAGUUUGAUUUCCUUGCCUUUAGCCCUCUUGAUGGGACAAUUGGAACAUUGAUUGAUUUUGUUGUUUGUAUACAUACACCUCUAAAUACUAACCUGAUAAAACAAGAGAGAUAACUCUGAAUUGAUCUAUUAUUCCUUCAUUAUUAUUUUUUUUAACUAAGUAUUAUAAGUCUUUCAGUUUGAGCUUGUGCUUAUUUGUAUCUGUAUUUUUGGAUUGUAACUCUGCACAUGCUACUGUGAUGUAAGAUGAGUCAUUUUGUUGUUUAGAUUCUAUGCUAGCACUAUCCUGUUUUAAAAUGUAUCAGUAGAUUAUCAUCUUAUAUUGCAUGUAUCGUUUAUGUCUGUCUAUAGCACAUCAAUGCAUUCACCUAAGUCAAGCCCACAUUUUCUAAUAUGAAAAACGACUGAUAAAAAUGGUGAAAAUACUAUUUCAUUAGAAAUAUCCAGUGUCUUUCAAAAUGUUAAAAUGAGUUUUUAACAAAAAUUGUUGAGUAAUUUUGUCAUUGUGAGGGAAUAAUUUCCAUCAAGAAUUCUUCAUAACUUUUCUUAUUUAUUUGCAAAUUGAUUUAUCAGUAUACCAAGUACAAUAUUUGUAGUGCUGUCUGAAUCUUUAACCGACUUUUGAUAUUGAAAUAAGUAACCAUUUAUAUCUGUAACUUGGAAGUGAAACAUUUUCAUCACAUAAUGAAUUCACGGCUUAUGGAUUGAAUGGGUUUUCUUAGAAUGAUGCUGUAACAUUUAAUCACUUAUAAUCAUACGAGUAUGUGAACUUUGGUCAGAUUAUAUUUUGUUACCUAACUGUUUGACUGUGUUUGGAGUUAAUGUAGUGCUGAGUUUGUAAUUUUGGUGGAAAUUAUUGCUUUCAUUUUGUUGUCAUUAUUAUUUAUAUAUUGUCAUGCCUUGUGGUUUACAGGCUUAAAAAUAAAAAAAAACUAAAUCUUA